CACUUGCCUCCUCACAACCACACUGCUCAUAUCAGUUUGAAUUGCCUUCACAUUUAUCCAGAAAAACCAUGUCCACCUUCACCAACACCACCAAUCCUCCCCAUGCUCAAUUCUCCAAACACCAUAACCAUAAUCACAGUAAAAAGAGCUCAGUCUCAGCAGUCCGAGCUGCCUCGUUUCCGAGUGAAGAAAAUGCCACUCACAGACGACAAAUCGUCACCACGUUAUUCGCCACUUCCAUGGCAGUGCUCGGCCUGCAGCAUGGCACCCCACCGGCACUGGCACAGAACUGGGGCACGCGGUCAUUUAUAAAAGAACGCUUCUUUGAGCCUGGACUGUCGCCGGAGGACGCGGUGGCGCGGAUUAGGCAGACUGCAGAGGGUUUGCAUAGCAUUAGGUACAUGUUAGAGACGAUGGCAUGGAGGUACAUAAUAUUCUACAUUCGCCUAAAGCAGGCCUACCUAUCUCAGGAUCUCAAAAAUGCAAUGAAUACGUUGCCCGAAGGUCGGAGACAGGAUUAUGUCAAAACUGCGAACGAAUUGGUGGAUAACAUGAUGGAGCUUGACUACUAUGUUCGAACUCCAAAAGUAUACGAAUCGUACCUAUACUAUGAGAAGACAUUAAAAUCAAUAGAUGCUCUUGUGGCAUUGUUAGCGUAGUACAAAUUAAAAGGAUUUGCACCAUUAUUUGGAUCAGCUGUACUGCGAGAAUUUGUCUAGAUCGAUCGAUAUUGCUUUAACACCAGGAACUAGCAUGCAUGCAGGGCGCCAUUCUCACCAAAGAUUUCGAAUCAAUACGAGGCCAUGAAAUUAAGAUCUUCAACUUGUUAGAGAAGUUAUGCUGAGCUCUAAUUAGCUAGCAAUGUUUGUUGAUUUUUUUAAAAAAAUGUACAAUGCAUGAUGUUAAUGAAGGAAUAUAUAUGACAGAUGAAAAUCAUGUUAUCUUGAA